UCACAUGGUUCACAUGUUGACUGUCAAUCAGCUGUUCAGGUUGGGUGUAGUAAAGAUGUGCAUGUGAAUUAUACUGUGCUUAGCAAAGAAGUGUGCGACUUAAUACAGCUUCUGUGACAUAAACAAUUUCAUAUAAGUAUAAACUGUCCAAUUUGAAAUGGGGAUCUUAUUUGGUAAAAGUAAGAAGCCACAGAGUAGGGUUACAGAAUACGACAGAGCUGUUUUGCAACUCAAGCAACAGAGAGAUAAAAUAAAGCAAUAUCAGAAGAGAAUAGAACAAACUCUGGAAAAAGAUAGACAACUUGCACGGAAACUACUGCAAGAUGGAAAGAAAGAUCGUGCGAAGUUACUGCUGAGGAAAAAGAGAUACCAAGAGCAAAUUCUUCAAAAGACUGAUGGUCAGCUGGAGAACUUGGAGCGGCUUGUACACGACAUAGAAUUUUCCCGAAUUGAGAUGCAGGUUAUAGAUGGGCUGAAGGUUGGCAAUGAAGCUCUGAAGAAAAUUCAUGAAGUUCUGAAUGUUGAUGAAGUGGAAAGGAUUCUGGAAGAAACAAGAGAAGGAAUAGAGAAGCAGAGGGAAAUUGAUGACCUGUUGGUUGGAGUGCUCACCCCUGAUGAUGAGGAGGCAGUGGAAGGAGAACUGGAGAGGAUCAUCCAAGCCGAGAUGCCAGACGUUCCUGAGGAGGAACCUCUUGCAGCUGAACCAGCAUUGCCAGAUGUGCCUUCUGAACCAGAGAAAGCAAGAGAGGGACGCAGAAAAGAGAAGGUUGCACUUGAAGUGGCUUGAUACAUCAUGAGUGGGCUUCACGGAUUGAAGUGAUGUGGUUGUUGCAUAUGAUGCUUUGUAUGAGUUCUGGUUUUGAGGUGCAGUAUUGUCACAGCUGAAGUCGGGACUGUGCGUUUAUAGACGGUGACGCUGUUUAAAGCCUUUUCUAAGUACUGUACCUUGUGAAUGCACUUUGGGCAUGUUGUUUGUUAUGUUUGUAACUUCUACUGUUGUGCAUAAUGCAGUGAUGAUGUUUGAAGUUACAAUUUUGUAAUAUUUGAUUUGUAUUAAAAAAGUGCAUAUUCUUGCCAAAUGUAAACACUGGCAUGGCUACGGAUAAAUGAAACUGUACAGCAAAAUUUAUGAAGUGGGAGUGUAAGAAGAUCCCAUUCAUUGUAGGCUCUAUAUUUCUUAAGGCCUUUGGAAGUAGCAGGUGUACCAGUGUACAAGAAUAUGGGCACACUAAGAUGGCAUUAUUCAAUAUUUAAAAACAAUAAUAAAGCAGAUGAUUUUGAAAUCACUAA